AUGAGACAACCUAUCAUCCCUCCGACCCCAAGCGGGACGUGCCUAACGGGAAAGACAGUCCUGAUUACCGGUGGAAACAGUGGGAUUGGGUUCGAGACCGCGCGCCAACUUCUUAUCCUCAACAGCUCCCGAGUUAUCAUCACGGCCCGCGAUACAGCUAAAGGCAAUGAAGCUGUUGCCGCGCUGCGUGACGAUCCGGAGGUAAAGAAGAGCAAUCCAUCAGCACUCAUUGAGACCUUCUCGUUAGAUCUCGACGACUAUCGGUCUGGACUCCGCUUUACUCAGGAGGUGAGGGAGAAACUUCCCGAGCUGGACGUUCUGAUAUGCAGUGGAGGAGUCAAUAUAAUGGAGUAUCAAGUCAGCAAGUCCGGUCACGAAAGGGUAAUGCAAGUAAACUGCUAUACCCAUUUCGUCAUCGUGCUGGAGCUUCUUUCCCUACUUCGGGCCACGGGACUCAAACGAAGGAGCCCUUCACGAGUGACCUUUAUCGGUUCCCACUACCAGUCUCACCAUUCGCUGACAAGAUCUCCCAUCGGAGCAUCUGAUUCUGUGUUGGAGCACUGGGAUAACCGGAAUAAAUACAGCGGCAUGCAGCGUUACGCGGACAGUAAAUUCGUCAUCAACAUUUUUGUCCGCCAGCUAGCGACAAUGGUUCCCAGCUCCGAAGUCGUCAUCAAUAACUUUUGUCCCGGGUUUGUGGCCACGAGCUUUGACAAAAACUUGCCUAUCUGGAUUAGGCCGGUUCUUUCGCUUUGGCGAAAGCUUCUGGCAAGAAACGUUCAGGACGGUGGUAGGACGGCAGUCUAUGCCACUGCGGUGGCUGGGGAGGAGACACAUGGUAAAUAUUUGGAGAGUAAUAAGGUUGAACCUGGACCGUCGUACCUGAGAGAGAAGAGAGGGGAAGAGCUUGCAGGAAAGCUGUGGAAUGAGAUACUCGAGGAGGUGAAUCGAGAGGAUCCUAACUUUAAUCGGUCUCUUUAA